GUUAUGGGAGGCCUUAUCUUUUGUCUUUUAAAGUCCAAAGUCUAGACAUAUUGACGGUCAAAUAUCUUUCCUCAAACCAAACUAUUUAAGAAAGAAAUUUAGCAACUGGAUCUGAAAAAAAAACUAAAUUAAGUUUUGUUUUCUAGGAAAAUAGAUAGUUUCUAAAUCCUAAGAAAGGGUGACUUCUUUGAAGAUGAGUCUGUCCAGUUGGAUUCACUCGGAGAGAGAGAGAUAAUAAUGAGAAACAAAGGGUUGGUAUGAUCCUUGCUGAUUUUUCCUCUUAUUUAUUGUUAAAAUAUAUUGAUAUGAUGAUAUGGUGUGAAUAAACUACCAAAAAAAAAAAAAAGGAAGGGUGCUGGUUGAAGGAUAGCAAUAUUAGCAAUUAAAAUUUAAAGAGACAUGAAGAACUUGGCAAUCAUGACAAAGCAAGGCCAGCAGCACCACUCUCAAUCAACAGAUGUAGAUAGCCACAGGCACUCAGCCCAGGCAGUCAACCACAACCCCAGAAAAGAAAAAAUAUCAAAUUGGACAAACGGUGAAGGCAAAGAGGAGAACCUGUUUAUGCUUCAGAGAUGGGAGCUUUUAGGCUUGUCACGGCUUUGUAUUGUAUCCACACUCUUUGAGCUUUGGUCAUCAAUCAAUCAUCAUCUUAGAAAAAGUCCACCACCACCAUCCACCACCAGCCGCCCCAAAAGUAAACGCUCCAUGGGAAUUCUUAUUUUUCAUCAUAUACAAUAAUCCCACCAACAAGACUUUGCCUUCUUUUUUGUUCUGUUGAUCUUUUUGUUAAUUGACCAUUAUAAUAUAAACAACUAAACGUCACUCACCCACGCACGCACUCUCUCUUUCUUUCCUUCUUGGAGGUCAAUGGGAUGUUUACUGCAAUUUCCAUCCUGUACAAGGUAACCAAGACCAGAUAAUGAUGUACUUGGCCAACUUUUUCUCUUCCUCAUGUCUUGUUGUUCUGCUUCUUACUUUGUUCCGAUGAUGAUAGAUGACAAAGAGACCAGUCUUGAUGCUUCAAAUUCUAGACUAAGACCAUCAGCAACAACAUUUUUCAUGCUUCACUUGCUCUUGCGUCUCCUUUUUUUACUUUUACCGUCUUUCCUCUACAUCUCUCCUUGCUCAGCUGCCUGCAACCAAGACGAUCAUGACUCUCUCUUGGCGUUUUACUCCAACUUAACGUUGUCACCAUCAUCUCCCUUGAAUUGGUCUCCUUCUAAAGACUGCUGCUCUUGGGAAGGAAUAGAUUGUGAUACUUCUUCAGAUGAUGAUCGGGUCACCCAGCUUUGGCUACCCUCUAGAGGCCUAAGCGGUCAUCUGUCACCGUCUCUUGUAAACCUCACGCGUUUAACUCACCUUAAUCUCUCUCGCAAUCGGAUGAGCGGCUCUCUCCCCACUGGGUUCUUUUCCUCCCUGAAUCAGCUCAAAGUUCUUGAUCUGAGCUUCAACAGUCUCAAUGGCCAACUGCCUCUGGAUUUCUUUUCAGAUAAUAAUAACAAUCUCAGCCCCAUUGAGGCGGUGGAUUUGUCCAGCAACCGCUUCUCCGGUACCAUCCAAUCGAAUUCAUUUCUUCAGGCAGCCCGGAAUUUGACCAUUUUCAAUGUCAGCAACAAUACCUUUACGGGCCAGGUUCCUUCCUCGAUCUGUCUCAACACUUCCCUCACCCUCUUGGAUUUAUCCUACAACAAACUUAAUGGUGAAAUUCGCCAUGGACUGGGAAAGUGUUCCAAGCUGCAGAUUUUUCGUGCGGGUUUUAAUAAUCUUUCUGGUACACUUCCUGAUGAUAUUUACACGGUUACCUCACUUCAACAACUGUCUUUACCGCUAAAUCACCUUUCCGGGCGAAUCCAAGAUGCCAUUGCCCAUCUAACCCAACUCACCAUCCUUGAGCUCUCUUCCAAUGAAUUUGGGGGGGCCAUUCCAAAAGACAUCGGUCAGCUUCCCAAGCUGGAACGCCUGCUCCUUCACGUCAACAACUUCACUGGUUCUCUGCCACCAUCUCUCAUGAAUUGCACCAGUCUCAUCACCUUAAAUUUGCGGGUCAACCAGCUGGAAGGAGACCUCUCCGCCUUUAAUUUCUCCACUCUCCUGCGCCUUAGCACUCUUGACCUUGGCAACAAUAACUUUACAGGUACCUUGCCUUUAAGCCUUUAUUCUUGCAAGUCACUAACUGCAGUGAGACUGGCUAGUAACCAGCUAGAGGGACAGAUAUCACCAGCCAUACUUGCACUGCAAUCUUUAUCAUUCCUUUCAAUUUCUACUAAUAAUCUAACCAAUUUUACUGGGGCAAUAAGGAUUUUGAAGGGCUGCAAGAACCUUACUACUCUUAUUCUCUCUAAGAACUUCAUGAAUGAAGCAAUACCCAAUGAUGGAAAUAUAGUAGGAGAAGAGGGCUUUCAAAACCUCCAGAUUUUGGGCCUAGGAGGUUGCAACUUCACUGGUCAAGUCCCCAGCUGGCUAGCUAAUCUGAAGAAUCUAGAGGUGCUGGACCUGUCCCAAAAUAGGAUCACUGGUUUAAUUCCCAGUUGGUUCGGCAGCCUAAGAAACCUUUUCUACAUAGACUUGUCUGAUAACUUAAUUUCAGGAGAAUUUCCCAAGGAGCUCACAAGCUUAUGGGCAUUGGCAACGCAAGAGUCUAAUGAUGAAGUAGAUAGAAGUUACCUGGAGCUGCCUGUGUUUGUCUUGCCUUAUAAUGCUACCAGUCAGCAGCUGUACAACCAACUCUCCAGCCUUCCACCAGCUAUUUAUCUGAGAAACAACAACCUCAGUGGCAGCAUCCCUGAGGCGAUUGGUCAAUUGAAAUUUCUUCAUGUGUUAGAUCUCGGUCAGAAUGACUUCUCUGGCAGCAUUCCAGAUCAAAUAUCAAAUCUCACAAACUUGGAAAAAUUGGAUCUCUCUGGCAACCGGCUCUCUGGCCAAAUUCCUGCAUCAUUAAGAGGCCUUCACUUUUUGUCUUCAUUCAGUGUGGCAUAUAACGAUCUUCAAGGACCAAUACCAUCUGGGGGUCAGUUUGAUACUUUUACCAGCUCCAGUUUUGAAGGGAAUCCAGGUUUGUGCGGUUCAAUUGUGCAGCGCAGUUGCCCCAAUGCAGCGGGAAUAGCUCAUUCUACCACUACUCCAAAAAGCUUAAACGCAAAACUUAUCAUUGGACUUGUCCUUGGCAUCUGUUUUGGCACUGGUUUGGUUAUUACUUUGCUAGCAUUGUGGAUAUUGUCCAAGAGAAGGAUUAUUCCAGGGGGGGAUACUGAUAAGAUUGAACUAGAUACAUUUUCCAGCAACUCUUUUUCUGGAGUUCCUCCACAGACUGACAAGGAUGCUAGCCUCGUUAUGUUGUUCCCAAACAAAACCAAUGAAGUCAAGGAUCUCACCAUAUUUGAACUCUUGAAAGCCACUGAUAAUUUCAAUCAAGAAAACAUCAUUGGCUGUGGGGGUUUUGGGUUGGUUUACAAAGCAAUAUUAGCAGAUGGGACCAAACUGGCAGUUAAGAAGCUCUCAGGAGAUUUUGGCCUGAUGGAAAGGGAAUUCAAAGCCGAGGUAGAGGCUCUAUCUACAGCUCAACAUGAAAACUUGGUGUCCCUGCAAGGCUAUUGUGUCCAUGAAGGAUUUCGGCUACUAAUAUAUUCCUACAUGGAGAAUGGAAGUCUGGACUACUGGUUACAUGAGAAAGCAGAUGGUCCAUCCCAAUUAGAUUGGCCAACUCGACUAAAGAUUGCUAGGGGAGCAAGUAAUGGCCUGGCUUACAUGCAUCAGAUAUGUGAGCCACACAUUGUUCACCGAGACAUCAAGUCAAGCAACAUCCUUCUAGAUGACAAGUUUGAGGCACAUGUUGCAGAUUUUGGAUUGUCAAGAUUGAUUCUUCCUUAUCACACUCAUGUUACAACUGAGCUUGUUGGUACCUUGGGUUAUAUUCCUCCAGAGUAUGGGCAAGCAUGGGUAGCCACUUUGAGAGGGGAUGUGUACAGUUUUGGGGUUGUCAUGCUUGAGCUUCUCACUGGUAAAAGACCUGUGGAUAUGUCUAGGCCAAAAACAUCAAGAGAAUUAGUUGCCUGGGUGCAGAAAAUGAGGAGUGAGGGGAAGCAAGAUGAAGUAUUCGAUCCUCUCCUAAAAGGAAAGGGUUCUUAUGAAGAGAUGCUGCAGGUGCUGGAUGUGGCCUGUGUGUGCAUCAACCAGAAUCCUUUCAAGAGGCCAACUAUCAAGGAAGUUGUUGAUUGGCUUAAGAAUGUAGGAACAACCAUUAGCAACCAAAAUAAGGAUUAGUGAAAAGUGCCCUUCAGCACGUCUUAAGAAACAGAUACGUAUACUUGCACAAAAUGUCUGAGUUUAUUACCUUCAUUUUAUUUUACCCAUGUAAAUGAAAUUAACUCAAUCACACUUCUUCAGCUGUACAAAAGAAGAAAUCACAUUUAAGUAGGGACUAUUGUUGUAAGGUUGCGGCUGUAACAUUUUGUCAGAUAGGUCUGCUAAGAAACUAGUACCUUGUACAUUAAAAAAGAAAUUUCCUAGCUUCAGCAUCUAUAAUGCAAAUACCACCUAGUUUUGGUCACUGAAUAUAAGUUGUUAAAACUUUGCCUUCA